AAUCACUUAAUAUUGAACUCUGUUUGGAAGAUUUAGACCUAUCCAUUUGUGUAUUCGUACGUAUGUCGUGUUAUGACGUGCCUUUAAAACAUUGAUAAAUGUUAUAAUUAAUUAAUAGAUACUGUCAUGGAGUAAGCUUAAUUUUGGAAUAAUUUACAAAACAGAAAACUAUCACUUUAAAGAAGCUUUACCAAUAUGGAACAGAAAAGCUCAAAUAAUAGUGAUGAUAAUGAUGAGGAGUUAACGACAAAUCAGAUCAAACUUAAGGCCCAAGAAAUUGCUAAACGCAUUGAAAAAUAUCAUGGUAGAUACACAUCUUCUAGUCGGUGUAAUACUCCAUUACCCAUCACUUCAGCAGAGAGUAUAGAGUCUAUACAUAGUAAUAGUGUUAUUUCUGAUACGAGUGACAAAAUUUUGUUAUUCCGACAAUUUUUGGAAAAUGACAGAAAGUUAGUUGAGAAUAGUAAAAUAGAUGAGCAAAAAUGUAAUAAUGGCGAUCAAGCGAAUGAUGAAAAUCUAUUGGAUGUGCAACAACAAGAAAAAGAAAAACUUAACACAGCAUAUUAUGAAGACAUUAUUUCAACACAACUUCAUGAAAAAAAUAUACAAUCUUUGAAGAGUCAAAUUGCUGAAUUGAAUGAAAAACUUGAAAAUUACCGUAAUAAUAUUACUGAAAAAGAUAUGUUAUUGCAAUUAAAAAUUAAUAAAAUUGAAGCAUUAAACAAGAGUAUAGUGCAAAAUAAAAAAAUACAUUUAGAAAUGGUGGAAGAGUUAAAAAAAAGAAAUAUUGAAAUCAUCAAUGACGAACGUUUAAGAUGUACAGAAAAGAUUAAUUAUAUUUCAGAAGAAGUAGAAGAAUUAAGAAAUAACUUAGAGGAUGUUCAUAGACUCUGUGAUAAAUUAAAAAAAAAAAAUAUUAAAAUUGAUAAAGAAAAUACUGAACUAAGAAAAAAUGAAAUAAAUCUAAAAUUGGAAAUUGAAAAAUUAAGUAUGAACUAUGAAAAUGAAAAGAAGUUAAUUCUAAAACACAAUCAAGAAACUUCAAAACAUCUUAUUGGUGAUAUGGAAAAAGAACUGCUAAGCUUACAACAAGAAAACGAUGUAUUAUCAAACCAUGUAGCUUUGUUGGAGAGCAAAUCAAUGCAUUUUCAAGAAAAUGAUAGUUUAUUAAUGGAAAUUGACAAAAAAGAAUCUGAGAUUCAACGUUUAAAUCUUGAAAAUGAAAAAUUAAAUAAACAACUUCAUGAUCAAAUAAUGGAUACUCAGCAAACAGAAAAAGAAUCUGAGAUACAAAGUUUAAAACUUGAUAAUGAAAAAUUAAAUAAACAACUUCAAAAUCAAAUAAUGGAUACUCAGCAAACAGAAAAAGAAUUUGAGAUUCAACGUUUAAAACUUGAAAAUGAAAAAUUAAAUAAACAACUUCAAGAUCAAAUAAUGGAUACUCAGCAAACAGAAAAAGAAUUUGAGAUUCAACGUUUAAAACUUGAAAAUGAAAAAUUAAAUAAACAACUUCAAGAACAAAUAAUGGAUACUCAGCAAACAGAAAAAGAAUCUGAGAUUCAACGUUUAAAACUUGAAAAUGAAAAAUUAAAUAAACAACUUCAAGAUCAAAUAAUGGAUACUCAGCAAACAGAAAAAGAAUCUGAGAUUCAACGUUUAAAUCUUGAAAAUGAAAAAUUAAAUAAACAACUUCAAGAUCAAAUAAUGGAUACUCAGCAAACAGAAAAAGAAUUCGAAAUUCAACGUUUAAAUUUUGAAAAUGAAAAAUUAAAUAAACAACUUCAAGAUCAAAUAAUAGAUGCUCAACAAACAGAAAGUCGUUGGAUUCAAUUGAAAGAUGCAUACCUAAAUGAUAAAGAACGUAUGACUCUCUUAGAAAAAGUAAUUGAUGAAUUAAAAAUGAAUAACAAUGAAUUAAAUGAUGCUAAUGUUAAAUUAACUGAACAAAUUGAAAAAUCCAUGGAAGAAGUAAAAUUAUUAAAAAUUGAUAAUGGCACACAUGAAGAACGUAUUUCUGAUUUAAUGGCAGUUAUUGAAAACAUGCGUGAAACUUUUGAAAAAGCUAUGAAAGAAGCUUCAAAUGAAUACGAACAAAAUAAAAUUAAUUUUAUUCGACAACAUGAAGAUGAUCAAGUUUUAAUUACAACUUGUAGCAAUAAACUCAAAGAUAGUGUUACGUCAGUAAAUGAAUUAACUAAUCAAUUAAAUAUUAUUUUAAAAGAAAAUAACUUAUUUAAAUGUGAACGUUUAGAGUUUAAUGAUUGUCUUACCAAAAGAGAUACAGAAAUAUUUAAAUUGAAUAAUACUAUCAAAGAAUUUCAUACAUUGUCUACACAAUUAACUAAUGAGUUGGAAGUUGUUAAAAAUGAGAAUAAUAUGCUUUUGAAUAAAUUAAAUGGAACUAAUAUUGCGGUGGAAGAUAAUAAAUUAUUAUCAGAUCGAUAUCAAAAACAAAAGCAACUACUGAAAGUAAAAAUUAAAGCUUUAAAAGAAUCUGAAAGCAAUUGUUCACUUUUACAGCAGCAAGUUGCAUCUUUAAAUAAAGAAAUAAAUGUUUUGAAUCAGAGAUUGGCAUAUGUUAUUCAAAAUAAUAAACAAAUAAGUACUGUUGUACGAAACUGUGAUAUAGAACUCCAAAAGUGUUAUGAAUUGUUAAAUAAAAUUGUAGUUAAAUCAAAUUUACAAAAUCAAAACGUACAUAUACUUCGUUGUAUUUUGAUGGGUUUGGCAUCAUUAUUUUCUUUUGAUAAUUUUGGUGUUGAGAUUGAUGUUGAUGUAUUUGAAGUUGUUAAUUCAAUUUGCAAUAAUACUUUUCUAGAUGAUAAUGAACUGCAAAUUUGUCUUAAAAAAAUGGUCUUUGGUUCUAUUCAUAUAUUAGAAUACAUUAUAAAUUUAAAUGAUUCACAAAAGCGUACUAGUGCACAAUUAAUUGAACGUACUGAAGUUGAACAAUUUGUAUCUGAAGCUGUAGAAAAAGUUAAAUUAUCCACACAAAAUGAAUAUCAAAAACAAAAUAAUGAACUACUCAAAUUAAUAGAAAAAUUACGAAAUGAUAAUUAUAUAUUACAAUCAAAUAUGUCUUCUUGUACUUUAGAAAAUAAAGAAGUAUUAACAGAUUUAAAUGGACUUGCAAUAAACAGUCUACUAUCUUUAGAAAAUUUAGAUGUUAAAUAUAUUAAAAAUGAAAAUGAUACAUUAAAACAAUUUUUAAAAAAUAUCCGAAAAGAUUUGGAUUUGGUUAUUACUGAUGAGGAAGAUGAUGGAGAGUUAUUGAAUUCUUUAAAUACACUUGAGUUCCAUGUGCAUGAAAUAAAAAAUGAAAAUAAACUGUUACACAAUCAGGUUAGUGAACAACAGAGAUUGAUUUCAUUGAAAACCGUAGAACAACCUAUUGAUCUGGAAACUGAUAAAUAUUCAAAUUUAAACUCACAAAAUGAAUUUAUUCAAACUAUAGAAAACUUUAAAGAAAAUGACGAAAAUAAGAAAAAAGUGUCAGAGGAAUUAUGUUUGAAAAAAUUAAACGAUUCAGAAAUAUUGACUUCUACAAAAAAUGGUGAUUCGAAGAUGUUACUAGUACGUUACAAAAAUUUAAAAUCUCGAUUCAAAGAAUGCCGCGUUAAAAUCAUUGAUUUGGAAAAAAAAAUUGUUAACUUGACAAAUGAUUUGGAAUGUGUAAAUUCUAAGUAUAAACAACUAAAUGAUCAAUAUUCUAAUGAAAAUGAAACGCACGAAGCAGAUAUAAUUAAUUGUCAGUCGGAAAUUGAAAAUCUUAUGGGUGAAAAACUUGAAGCUUAUCGUCAAUUGACUGCACUUAAGGAAAAACAUGAAAUAUUGCAAAAUGAUUAUGAUCAACUCAAAAGUAAUUUGGAUGACCAGAAUUCUUUGAAUGAUACAAAUACAACUUCUUUACAUAUUAAUGAACAAAAUACAGUUCUAAAAGGAAGAUUGAAAGAAACUCAACGUUUAAUUGAUUCAGCUUAUUCAAGAGUGUUAUGUGAAUGGCCAGUAAUUGAAAAUGAUAGUGAUUGGGUAGUGAUUCAAUCCAAAAAAUUAGAUAAAAUAGUUGAUGCUAAAUGUUGUGACAGUUUUUAUAGUUCUAAUUUAGGAGAAUCAGAAAUUAAACGAUUACAAACUUGUGUUCAAACUAUUCAUGAACUAGUUACUUCUAUUUUAACUAAUAUAAAUAGUAUUGAAGUUUCUUCUAGUAAUGUACCAAUUGAUUUAAUGUCAGACUUAAAAUCUUGCACAGAAACAUUAUUAGAAUUCAUAUCUGUUAAAAAUAAUAAAUCUACUGAUGAACUUCAUAAAGAAUUAGCUCAAGAUAAUUUUGUUAAAGACAACAAUACUUUCAUUCCUGAAGAAUCAUCAAUAAAUAAAUCUUUGAAUUCUAGUGAAGAAGCAACACAAUCUUCUUUAUUAAAAAAUGAAGAAAAAGAACAGCUACUACGGUCCAUUGCUGAGCGUGAUCGAUUAAUUGAAUUUCUUUCUGUUAAAAUAUCUAAAUUGGAUAAAUUAAAUCAAAAUGUUGAUGAUUUAAGAUUAGUUCAAGACAAACUGGAUAGAGCAUUAACAGCUGUACAUGAGAGAGAUGUUAGAUGUGAUGAAUUAACUCUUGAAUUGACCCGGUUAUUAGAAGAACGAGAUAUGCUACAAUUAAAACUAUCAAAUUCUAUCAGACAAAUACAAUUCUUGUCCGACAAUAAGUCGCAAUUGGGUACAUCAAAUUUGUUUGAUGAAAAAUUUGAUUUAAAAACCAUGGAUGACAAGCUAGAAGAAUUGCAUAGUUUAGAAUAUAGAAGAGAUGCCGAAUUGUUUACUAAUCAAGAACAACGACAUAUGUCACAAAUGCAACUUCAUCAAAGUCGUCAAAAUAAUUCCAUAACGUUGGAAGAAAAUUCACUUAAAACUACAGAGGAAGCAAAUACUACACUAUCCUGGUUUAAAGAUAUAUUAUGGUGAAGGUAUUUAACUUGUUAACUUUAACCUCUUAUCUUAAUAUAUAUUGAGUAAUAAUUAAGGUUAACUAGGUAUUGUUAUUUUGUUUUAAUUGGAAAUAAACAUUAGUUAUUCUUAUUCUAAAAUUAAACAUUCGUCACUCAUCUAUUAAAAUAUUUGUUUUAUAUGUAUUAAAAUUAAAAUUA